AAACGAAUGGCUUGUCAAAACGAAAGACAAUUAAUAUAAUAGUAUUGAAAUCUUUAGAAAAGGCAAUAUAAGCUAACUUAUUGAUUAUGACCAACAAGAACAAAAAGGGUAAUGGCAAUGAUGGGAGAGCUGCAAAACAGUCAGUUAAACAGCGCUCAGAGGACUCGCAGGACUACAGUUCCUUGAAAACGGUGCUCUUCUACUGUUCCCUCAUCGUGUUCCUGCCCGUGGCAACAUUCUUCGCGCUUAAGGGUUUUGUGCUGGACAAGUUCUUCAGCAUGGGUGAGCUGAAGGUUAACAUUGCAUCGGCUGUGGGAGCGGUGGUUGCUCUCCACCUGGCCUUUGGUCUGUACAUCUACCGCGCCUAUUUUACCGACACGAAGUCGCAAACCAAACAGGACUAACCACUUUUGCUGCUGCUGUUCAGCGCUCCAGUGAGAGACGACUGUUAAAUACAUUUAGUACCACCCAUUUCCAGCUCAACGUUUUUUUUGUUUACGUUGCAUUCGAUUGUUCUAAGCAUUAGUAACAUUAGUGUUAAGUAAACUAAUUGUAAUUACAUCGGA